AUGAGAGUGAAGGAGGAGAAGCCUGGGGUAGGCAAGCUGGGCCCUGCUAACCACAGGGGGCGAUGUCAGGAUCCGGAUCAGGAAGACUGCCAUUCCAUCCACAUUGGGCUUUCAGUCCCCAGUUGCCCUCAAAGGAAAAGAGACCAGAAAGGAUAUCAUUCAGGCCGGCAAAAGGUCUGCUGGGACCUGUGGCCCAACAGGCCACAGUGGGAACUGACUGGCGUGGGAAGCAGGGGAAGCAGCGGGGACAGCAUUGUGGAUCAUGCCAGCAGGACCCGGUCUCCAGCUGCUGAGCAGCUCCAGGACAUCCUGGGGGAGGAAGAUGAGACUCCCAACCCCACCCUCUUCACAGAGAUGGACACUCUACAGCACGACGGAGACCAGAUGGAGUGGAAGGAGUCAGCCAGGUGGAUAAAGUUUGAAGAAAAGGUGGAGGAAGGAGGCGAACGCUGGAGCAAACCCCACGUGGCCACACUGUCCCUGCACAGCCUCUUCGAGCUCCGGACCUGCCUGCAGACGGGAACGGUGUUGCUCGAUUUGGACAGCUGCUCCUUACCACAGAUCAUAGAUGACGUCAUUGAGAAGCAAAUCGAGGACGGCCUCCUGCGGCCCGAGCUCCGGGAGAGGGUCAGCUAUGUCCUCCUGAGGAAACACCGUCACCAGACCAAGAAGCCCAUCCACCGCUCCUUGGUGGACAUUGGCAAGUCGGUCUCCUCCUCCACCGGUCGAAGCCCGGCCCGGAGCCCCACAGCCGGCCCCAGCCUGCGCCACUCCACCGAGGACCUGAGGAUGCAGCAAAGCAUAAGUUACGGCCGUCUGUGUCACUCCCAGAGCAGAAGCAUGAAUGAUAUUUCUCGCACCCCAAACCCUGACCAGCGGAAAAACAAAUUCAUGAAGAAGAUCCCCAAGGACUCAGAGGCCUCCAACGUGCUCGUGGGGGAGGUGGACUUCCUGGACCAGCCCUUCAUCGCCUUCGUGCGCCUCAUCCAGUCGGCCAUGCUGGGAGGCGUGACCGAGGUGCCCGUCCCCACCAGAUUUCUGUUCAUACUGCUGGGACCUUCUGGAAGGGCGAAGUCCUACAAUGAAAUCGGCCGUGCCAUUGCCACCCUCAUGGUAGACGAUCUCUUCAGUGAUGUGGCCUAUAAAGCCCGCAAUCGGGAGGAUCUGAUCGCUGGGAUCGAUGAGUUUCUGGAUGAGGUCAUCGUCCUUCCCCCUGGAGAAUGGGACCCAAAUAUCCGAAUCGAGCCCCCCAAGAAGGUGCCCUCUGCAGACAAGAGGAAAUCCGUGUUCUCCCUGGCCGAGCUAGGCCAGAUGAACGGCUCUGUGGAGGGAGGCGGUGCGGCUGCAGGAGGUGGCCCUGGAGGUGGCAGUGGCGGUGGUGGGGUCGGCGGAGGGAGCAGCGGGGAUGACAGAGAGAUGCCAGCCAAGCAUGAAAUCGGGGAAGAGCUUAUCUGGACAGGAAGGUUCUUCGGUGGCCUGUGCCUGGAUGUCAAGAGGAAGCUGCCCUGGUUCCUAAGUGACUUCUCCGACGGCUUCCACAUUCAGUCCAUCUCGGCCGUCCUAUUCAUCUACCUCGGCUGCGUCACCAACGCGAUCACCUUCGGCGGGCUUCUGGGGGAUGCUACUGACAAUUAUCAGGGAGUGAUGGAGAGCUUCCUGGGCACUGCCAUGGCCGGCUCCUUGUUCUGCCUUUUCUCGGGACAACCUCUCAUCAUCCUGAGCAGCACAGGGCCCAUCCUCAUCUUCGAGAAGCUCCUCUUUGACUUUAGCAAAGGCAAUGGCCUGGACUACAUGGAGUUCCGCCUCUGGAUUGGCCUGCACUCAGCCAUCCAGUGCCUUAUCUUGGUGGCCACAGAUGCCAGCUUUAUUAUCAAGUAUAUCACCCGCUUCACUGAGGAGGGCUUCUCCACACUCAUCAGCUUCAUCUUCAUCUACGAUGCCAUCAAGAAGAUGAUUGGUGCCUUCAAGUACUACCCCAUCAACAUGGACUUCAAGCCUGACUCCAUCACCACCUACAAAUGCGAGUGUGUUGCUCCGGACACAGCGAAUAUAACCGGGUUCAAUGCUUCAGCCCUGCUGCCACCAAACACCAACACUUCUCUGUACAACCCCCUUAACCUCACAGCGCUGGACUGGUCCCUGCUGAGCAAGAAGGAGUGUCUGAACUACGGGGGGCGCCUGCUCGGGAAUUCCUGCCAGUUCAUCCCAGACCUGGCGCUCAUGUCCUUCAUUCUUUUCUUCGGGACCUACUCCAUGACGCUGACCCUGAAAAAGUUCAAAUUCAGUCGCUAUUUCCCUACUAAGGUCCGGGCACUAGUCGCUGACUUUUCCAUUGUCUUCUCCAUCCUGUUGUUCUGUGGAAUCGAUGCCUGUUUCGGGCUGGAAACCCCCAAGCUGCACGUGCCCAGUGUCAUCAAGCCCACGCGGCCAGACCGAGGCUGGUUUGUGGCCCCCUUUGGAAAGAACCCGUGGUGGGUGUACCCGGCGAGCAUCCUGCCUGCGCUGCUGGUGACCAUCCUGAUAUUCAUGGACCAACAGAUCACAGCCGUCAUCGUCAACCGGAAGGAAAACAAGCUGAGGAAGGCUGCUGGCUACCAUCUGGACCUGUUCUGGGUGGGCAUCCUAAUGGCCCUGUGCUCCUUCAUGGGGCUCCCCUGGUAUGUAGCUGCCACGGUCAUCUCCAUUGCCCACAUCGACAGCCUCAAGAUGGAAACAGAGACCAGUGCCCCAGGGGAGCAGCCCCAGUUCCUGGGGGUCAGGGAGCAGAGAGUGACCGGCACCAUCGUCUUCAUCCUGACCGGGAUCUCUGUCUUCCUGGCUCCCAUCCUGAAGUACAUCCCCAUGCCAGUACUCUAUGGAGUCUUUCUCUACAUGGGCGUGGCCUCCCUGAAUGGCAUCCAGUUCUGGGAGCGCUGCAAGCUCUUCCUGAUGCCUGCCAAGCACCAGCCAGACCACGCCUUCCUGCGGCACGUGCCCCUGCGCCGGAUCCACCUGUUCACCCUGGUGCAGGCGCUGUGCCUGGCUGUGCUCUGGGUCCUCAAGUCCACGGUGGCCGCCAUCAUCUUCCCGGUCAUGAUCCUGGGCCUCAUCAUCGUCCGAAGGCUGCUGGACCUUCUCUUCUCACAGCAUGACCUGGCCUGGAUUGACAACAUCCUCCCAGAGAAGAAGAAAAAGAGAAGGAAAGGGGCCCACGAGGACAGUGACGAGGAGCCCCAGUUCCCUCCUCCCUCAGUUAUAAAGAUUCCCAUGGAAAGUGUCCAAACAGAUCCCCAAAAUGGUAUCCACUGCAUUGCCAGAAAAAGAUCUUCCAGUUGGAGUUACUCGUUCUGAUUCUUCCUUCAGUGACUCAGAACUUGAUCGAAGCAUCACCUUGCACUUCAAAAUCUCCUGUCCAGCUUCACCUGCUUUCAACUACUCUCAGAGUCCAGUGUUCAUGGUGCCACAGGUGAAGGUAGAGGUGGAGUCAGACUGUGACUUCACAGACAUGGACAAGUACGGAAAAGAAGGUGUCGGCGAGACCACCCUCUAGGAGGACAUGGUGUCCCCAGAGAGGGCACAGAGGGAGGGUGUGGCUUAGUCUUCAUUGUGAGGGGCUGGGCCACAACCCUCAACUUCUGGGCCCCUUGGUUUCCUUAUUUACCAAACAGAGUCAUUAUUCCACUUGAUAGAAAACUGGAGAGCUGUUGAUGAAAAGUAGUAAUUAGGUGCAAAAGUCUCCCCUUCCCUUUGUUGUUAUGAAAUAACUAAAGUGAAAUGCUAUACCUUAUUUUAAAAUGCAGUCCAGCAUAGAAAUAACAUUUCUUUUGAAAUUAAAAAAAAAAUGCUUACCUCCCAAAACUAGUUAAGGGGCAACAGUCCAUUUUUAUUUAAAAUAAGUUAACAGUUGAGAAUUUUUUUAAAGGUUAAAGUAUCUAGAUGAUUUUGAAAGAACUGUUAAAAUACCCAUACUUCAAUAGAGCAAGGCUGAAAAAUUCAUCUUGCCAUUUUGCAUAUUAGAAAAUGCUUAAAGGUCCCACCUUUUCUCUCCAUCUCAUUCCAUUUGCUAAGGAUCGUAUGAAAAGCUUGAACCAUCUGUAUUAUGGGCCUUGCUCCAGCACAGAAGUGUGACUGGGGCUUUCCCAGAUUGAGAAGCCAGUUUCAAAAGCCCGUUAAUGAAAGAACCUACACAUUUGAGUGGAUACAUUUUUAAAAUAAAAGUUCUUGUUAAAGUCUCAAACCAUGUUAAAUCAACAAAAUGAUCCUCUGAAUUAAUAUCACUGGUUUUUCAUGCCCAGAAUCAAAUUUCUGGGCAUUUGGGUAGGUCCUUCCGGCAAGUUCUCAAUGGUCUGAUUCCCAAAGUCAAACUCCCAUUCACAUGAACAUUGCAUGUUAGGCAGAGCUGAUGUCAAAUUGUGGAAGAUUAUAACUUUGUAAUAUUAGACUAAUACUUUAAAGGAAUGAUUAGAAACAAGUUGGGUAGAUUAAAACCCAUUGUUAAUCAGGUAAACCCUUUCCUCAAGAAACAAGAUCAGUCUUUAUCUUCAAUCCACAUUUAACAAAUGCCAACCAUGCUUUCAUUUAGCAACUACUAUGUGCCUAAUAGCCACAACGCAUCUGACAAAACAACUAUGGACUUGAAUCUUGAAAAAAUCACUUUGGUUAGUUACUGUAUUUACUCGAGAUGACAAGUCCAGGUGCUUCUUCAUUUCUUCCUAUUUUUUAAAGACAAACGACACUAGAUCAUUAACACCUUGAGUCACUGGGACAGUUAAACGUCUCUGUAAUUCCCAAAGCCUGGUCCAGUGACUGGUCUAUAGAAACCUCUUAAGUGUUUAUUAAAUUAAACCUCAGAGCUCCCUUCCAAGGGAUACUGCCAAGAGGUAAAGCUCUAAACCUCUACCACUUCUGAUAGCAGCAGAAUUACUUAGCUGCUCACUAAUUCAGGACCAUCCCAAGUUUAAGUAUAAAUUCUUUAUCUUCAUCUGUACCUAUCCUAAGAGAGCUAACAAUCUACCCUUAACAUUUCACUUUUAAAACUUGGACGACUUUCAGUAGCACUUUGUCCAAAUUAAAUUGUAGAAAUGUUAUGGAUUCAGGAGUAAAUAUGCUUGAUUAAUCAAACUGAAAAACUACAAUGUAAAUUUUUUUCUGUUGUAAAUCAAUCACUGUAAUUUUCACCUUACAGGUCAUUUAUACCUUGUAUAUACAUGAACAUUUUAAUUUUGAUAGCUUUAACAGGUUGACAUACUACUUCUCCGCGCAGGUCAGUACUUUUUUCCACAUGUAACUGCAGUUCAAUAAAAUGUAAUCCUGUCUGCUCACCUGGCUCCUUGUUUAAUAAUUUAAGUCAGCAAGCAUGGUUUAUGGACACCAGCUACACCUUACUUACAAAAACAUCUCCAGCAAAUGAGCAUCUUCUUUCAUCUCCAGAAAACUGUCAAAAGAAUGAAGGCAGCUGGCAGAGGAACAGGAGGGAAGAGGUCUCAACUCCCCAUUGUUCUUUCUCUGUCUGCCUCAAGCUGCAGGGAAGCGGCUUCUGCCUGCACCUGCAUGGAAACCAAAGUACCCAGGCCUGGUAGAGAAUGCAAAGAGACCUAGCC